GUUUCACUCCAGAGCCUCAUAACUGUCACUCAGAAGGGAGAGGCUUCUGGGUGGAGCGUAAGGGACACACCACCCUCAUAUUCUCAGCAAGGCACAGACCUCUGCAUCUCUGCGUCUCCAAACAGCUGCGCACACAUUGUGGUUUUUAAGAAGCAGAACAAGGGAUCCCGAUUUCAGCAAAGGGCACAGCACUGUUAUCACAAGCCAAGUCUCAGACAUAUCAUAUUCCUCAUUUGAAGCACCAUAACCAUCUCCAGUACCCGAGUACCUGCUUCUAUCUCUUACCAUGCAUGACCAGGUGGCUUUUCUGGCAUUCGUUACACUGGCCGCAGUCUUGGAACAAGCGUAUUUCUCCAUGCAAGUUAUCUGGGCACGCAGAAAAUAUAAAGUCUCACCUCCUAGCACUUCUGGACAUCCAUGUUUUGAACGAGUUUUUCGAGCACAAUUGAAUUGUUCCGAAUAUUUUUCUCUGUUUAUCUCAGUUCUCUGGGUGUCUGGAUUAUUUUUUCACCAGGGAACGUCUUCAGUAUUUGGUUUGUUGUACCUGUAUACACGAUAUGCCUAUUUUCAUGGCUAUGCUGAAUCUGCUCAAGGAAGGCUAAAACCGAUGUACGCCAGCGCCACGAUUCUUUGGAUUCUUAUUGGCCUAUCGACUGCAGGCCUGUUGGACUACUUACUCUCUGCUUAUUUCAGAGUUGAAAUUUUGAAGAGUUUAGGACGAUGGUUUUUAUGAAUAAUAACCCUUUUUUUUUUUGAACACCCGAAAAAGCCUAACUCUGCAUUUUUACACUCAGAAUAUAAACUCUCUGGAUAAUUUUGCAUUGUGGUAAUCAAACAUUUAGGCAUCAGAAUUCCGAAUUGGUUUCGGUUGUUUAAACAAACAGUUUUGAUUUAAACUACAUUUGUAUUAUUUGUUCUUGGGCUUUCUGUCUCUUUCAACAAGGGCAAAAAUUGGUUGAAUUUGCUGAAUUUAAAAACUAUACUAAGAAAAUGUGGCUUUCAUCUAAAAUGGGUUUUAAAAAAGGUUGACACACACCUCCACCCCACUCACCCACAACCCCCCCCCCACACACCCCAGCCAGUUAGAUGUGCUCAAAUCUAAUUGGAUAUAUAUAUAAAUGUGCAGAAAUAUUUAAAAUUAUAAAUGUACCUUUUUGUUCAUAACCACAUCCUGUACGCAAAAUAUAUUUGUUUUUAUGGGUUGGAAUGUAUUUUAUGUGUUAAGUGAAAAUUAAAAUUGAAAUCGCUUUCA